AUGUGCAACGUCAACGCGCUCGGAGUCUACGUGUGGGAGACGAUCGUUUUCUUCAGCCUGGCAGCCUCCAAAGAAGCUGAAGCAGCAGCACGAUCUGCCCCCAAACCCAUGUCUCCUUCCGACUUCUUGGAUAAGUUGAUGGGGCGAACUUCAGGAUAUGAUGCCAGGAUCAGGCCAAAUUUUAAAGGCCCACCAGUGAAUGUCAGCUGCAACAUUUUCAUCAACAGCUUUGGUUCGAUUGCAGAAACAACUAUGGAUUACCGGGUGAACAUCUUCCUGCGACAGCAGUGGAAUGACCCACGGCUGGCAUACAACGAAUACCCUGAUGACUCUCUGGACCUGGACCCCUCUAUGCUGGACUCCAUCUGGAAGCCUGACUUGUUCUUUGCUAAUGAGAAAGGGGCCCAUUUCCAUGAGAUUACCACAGACAACAAGCUUCUGAGGAUCUCCAGAAAUGGCAAUGUCCUCUACAGCAUCAGGAUCACACUGACUCUGGCCUGCCCCAUGGACCUGAAGAACUUCCCCAUGGACGUACAGACAUGCAUCAUGCAGUUGGAAAGCUUUGGCUACACAAUGAAUGAUCUCAUAUUUGAGUGGCAAGAAAAAGGAGCCGUGCAAGUUGCUGACGGGCUGACUUUGCCUCAGUUUAUCCUCAAAGAAGAAAAAGACUUGAGAUACUGCACAAAGCACUACAACACAGGCAAGUUCACCUGUAUAGAAGCUCGUUUCCACCUGGAGCGGCAGAUGGGCUAUUACUUGAUCCAGAUGUACAUCCCCAGCCUCCUUAUUGUCAUUCUGUCCUGGAUCUCCUUCUGGAUCAAUAUGGAUGCUGCACCUGCUCGUGUUGGCCUUGGGAUCACCACAGUGCUCACUAUGACCACGCAGAGCUCUGGUUCCCGAGCAUCACUGCCCAAGGUGUCCUAUGUGAAGGCCAUAGACAUCUGGAUGGCCGUGUGCUUGCUGUUUGUGUUCUCCGCACUUCUAGAGUACGCUGCUGUCAACUUCGUGUCUCGGCAGCACAAAGAGCUGCUCAGGUUCAGAAGGAAGAGGAGGCACCAUAAGGAGGACGAUGCUGGUGAAGGCAGGUUCAACUUCACUGCCUACGGGAUGGGACCAGCUUGCCUACAAGCCAAGGAUGGCAUCUCCGUCAAGGGCGCCAACAACAACAACACGGCCAACCCGGUCCCCCCGCCGUCCCGCUCCCCCGAGGAGAUGCGAAAGCUCUUCAUUCAGCGAGCCAAGAAGAUCGACAAGAUCUCACGCAUCGGCUUCCCUAUGGCAUUCCUCAUCUUCAACAUUUUCUACUGGAUCAUCUACAAGAUCGUCCGCAGAGAGGACGUGCACAACCAGUGA